AUGGAAAAUGGACCAGUUUCUUGUUUACCAACAACCCCGAAAAUGUCGAAAGCGAAGAAAGUAAUCGAAGAAGCACUGGAAAAUCAAAAUCCAGAGUUGGAUUUAGCGGACAAGGGGGUAGUCUCCUUCGAGGAGAUGCCAGGACUCAUUGAUAUGCAUAAUAUUACUCGUAUUACAUUAAGUCACAAUAAAAUACAAAAAGUACCUCCCGGAAUUGCAAAUUUAACACAGUUAGAGAUGUUAAAUUUAUUUAACAAUCAUAUCGAAGAAUUGCCAGUUUCUCUCUCAUCUAUGCCAAAAUUACGUAUAUUAAAUGUUGGAAUGAAUCGUUUGGACUCAUUACCACGAGGUUUUGGAGCGUUUGCAGUUCUUGAAGUAUUAGAUCUAACAUAUAAUAAUUUAAGUGAAACCAGUUUGCCAGGAAAUUUUUUCAUGUUGGAAACUUUACGUGCAUUAUACUUGGGCGAUAAUGAUUUUGAGACUAUACCACCUGAGAUUGGACAGUUAAAAAAUCUACAGAUUCUUGUUUUACGAGAAAAUGAUUUAAUUGACAUACCAAAAGAGAUUGGUUAUCUACCCAGAUUACGUGAGUUACACAUUCAAGCUAAUCGACUUACAGUUUUACCACCAGAAUUGGGUAAUUUAGAUUUGUUUGGAAAUAAAUCUGUAUUGAGAAUGGAUUUUAAUCCUUGGGUUGCUCCAAUUGCUGACCAACUUCAAGUUGGAGUAUCUCAUGUAAUUGAUUACAUAAGAUCGGAAACCUACAGAUAUCUUCACAAUCGGCAUAUUGCUGCUAGGGGUCCACCUCCGCCAAAACUCAAUGAUAAGACACGUAAGAUUUCAAGGAAUCGUCAAUACAGCUAA